AUGCCUCUGAAGGCUGCGCUUCUCCUCACCCUCCUGGCCACCUUACCCGUGUCGCCGGCUGAGACGGCACAGAGCGGCUUCUGGGAGUAACUCAGCCAGCUGACGAGCGACAGCCUGGAGCACGGCCAGAGCAGCAAGCUGGGCAGGGACAUCGUAAACCUGAAGGGAAGUAUUCAGGAUGGGGUCAGCUACAUGGGAAACUUCCUGGAGAAGCUGGCGCCCCUCAACAGAGGCCUCCAGCCCCGGCUCUACCACGACUCGGACAGUCUGCGGAAACUCAUCAGGAAAGAGCUGGAGAGCCUGAGGGUGAAACUGUCCCCGUACGUGGACGAAGUCCACCACAAGGUCGGCAAGCACCUGGAAGAUCUUCGCUACCGGCUGCAGCCGUUCACAGAUGAGCUCCUGGACCAGGUGUCCCUGAAAGCCCGGGAGCUCCGGUGGCACCUUAUGCCCAGCCGGGAGGCGACGGCUCAGCUCCUGGAGGGUGCAGACGAGGUGCAGAGGUUCAUGGCUCAUUAUGCCGACAAGAUCGCCUUCCACACCGACCAGGUGAAGGACAUUUUCCAGCCCUACGCAGACAGGCUGGUGACCGAGAUCCACCGCAACGUGGAGGAGCUGCACAGAAACGUCGUCCCUCACACCCAGGCCAGCCCAGAGAAGCUCAACCAGUACAUCCAGGAGCUCUCUGCAAAGCUGACCUGGAACGCCAGGGACCUCCACCAGAAGAUCCAGGGGAACCUGGAGCAGCUGAAGGCGAAGCUGAGCCUCUACCCCGGCAGCCUCCAACAGCAGCAGGCCCCUGCGGAGGAGCUGGCCCGGGAGGUGCAGCGGCGGGUGGAGGAGUUCCGGAGGGACACGUACCUCCAGAUCCAGGACUUCACCCGGGCCCUCGACCAGGAGACGGAGGAGAUGAGGCUGAAGCUCUCCUCCUCCCGGCCCUCCCACCCGGGGGACCCGCAGGACAGCCCGCCCGCCGUGGAGGACCUGCACGCCCGCCUCGACGGGGUGACACGGCUCCUGCUCACCAGGAUCCCCUUCUUCAAAGAGAUCAUCGUCAGCUCCUUUGCUUGCGACAGCUGCUCCUGGUCCAACACAGAGAUCCAGUCUGCGGGUAGGAUCCAGGAGCAGGGUGUGCGCUACACCCUCGCUGUCACCUCCCGUCAGGACAUGAACAGGGAAGUGGUGAAGACUGACUGUGCCACGGCUCGAAUUCCAGAGCUGGACUUUGAGAUCCCUGCUUUCACCCAGAAGGGAGUUCUUACCACCAUUGAAGGGAUAAUUGACAGAGCUGUUGCGGGCCUGGAGCAGGACCAGCCUGUCCGCAGGGCAACGGACGAAGAGGUGGCAAGUAAAAUAGAUGAGUUCAUUGGUAAAUUAAAGCAGCUGAAAGAAGUACAUUCCUCCUUCACCUUUAUCAUAGACGAUCCUUCAGGGAACAGCUUUGUGGAGAACCCUCACGCACCGCAGAAGGACGAUGCUCUUGUGGUCACUCACUACAGGAGGACUCCCCAGCAGGCUGCCAUGCUGGGACUGGAGGGAGAGGAGCCGGAUGAGAAGCCAGCUGAUUCUGCGGACGACCUGAGGAAUGAGGUACUGCAGUUCAACACCAACUGCCCCGAGUGCAACGCUCCAGCUAACACAAAUAUGAAGCUGGUGCAAAUCCCACACUUCAAGGAAGUGAUUAUCAUGGCCACAAACUGUGACUCCUGUGGGCACAGGACAAAUGAGGUGAAGUCUGGAGGAGCAAUCGAAGCACAGGGCACUAGGAUUACGCUUCGGAUUACAGACCCUUCUGACAUGACGAGGGAUAUCCUAAAGUCGGAGACGUGCAGCGUGGAGAUCCCAGAGCUGGAGUUCGAGCUGGGGAUGGGAGCACUGGGGGGCAAAUUCACCACCCUGGAAGGGCUGCUGAAAGACAUCAGAGACCUGGUUGAGAGAAACCCCUUCACUCUGGGGGACAGCUCUACGCCCAGCAAAACGGAAAAGCUGCAAGAGUUUAUUGGGAAACUGCAAGAGAUCGUAGAGGGAAAGACCACGGCUCACUUCAUCAUGGAUGACCCUGCAGGCAACAGCUAUCUUCAGAAUGUGUACGCCCCGGAAGAGGACCCGGAGCUGAAAGUGGAGCGCUACGAGCGUACUUUUGAGCAGAAUGAAGACCUGGGACUGAACGACAUGAAGACAGAGGGCUACGAGUCAGAGGGAGCUUCGGGCCGCAUUGCCGCUGUCCAGGAGAAGGAGGAAGAGGAGGACGAAGGGGACAUGCCUGUGGUGGCAGAAUUUAUUGAUGAGCGUCCCGAUGAAGUGAAGCUCAUGGAGGAGUUCCGAACAAAUGCUAAAUGGAAACUUUUAGGAGACCAGAAUGAAGACUCACAAAGUUCGGAUAUUUCAGUAACUGCCCGAUCUAACAUGAGGAGACUGCGGCACGACUCUCCAGACAAAUCGCUUCCAAGGCAACAGCGCCAUGACUCCCCAGAUCUGUCCCCUCCCAGGCGAGAGAGAAACAAUUCCCUCAACCUCUUGCCUCCCAAGCGACAGCGCCACGACUCCCCAGACCUCUCCCCGCCAAGAAGGAAGCGCCAUGACUCCCCUGACCCGUCACCUCCCAGGCGACAGCGCCACGACUCCCCAGACCUCUCUCCCCCAAGACGGAAGCGCCACGACUCCCCAGACCUCUCUCCCCCAAGACGGAAGCGCCACGACUCCCCAGACCUCUCUCCCCCAAGACGGAAGCGCCACGACUCCCCAGACCUCUCUCCCCCAAGACGGAAGCGCCACGACUCCCCAGACCUCUCACCCCAGAAGCGUCAGUCUACUCCGGAUCUAUCCCCUCCCCGGAAGAAGAGGUACAAUUCUGACCCAGAUUUGUCACCGCCUCAGAGAAAGAGGACUGGGUCACCUAGUCUGAAAAAGCAGAGCAGAACAAAAGGUGCUUCUCCAGCCAGGAAAACGCUUAGGCCGGUGGCCUCACCUCAGAGGUGCCUGAGGCAUGACUCUGACUCUCCAUCUCCACGGAGGGGUACCCGGAAUGCCUCUGAUGCAGACCACUCUGAUUUAUCUCCCCCACGUCGGACUCUGCCGGCUGCAAAGGAUCAACGUAGUUUGAGGAGUCCACCUGACCUCUCGCCUCCUCGCCACCGUGACGCUAAGGGAUCUCCCAAGAAGGCAAACGUGAUGUCAUCUGGGGUCAAAGCUGGCUUGGUGUCAGCUGAUGUGCUGCGGAGGGAACAGCAGGAGCUCAGGAGGCAUGAGAGAAAUAACAAGCACUUGGAAGAGGAAUCCCGACACUCUGAGACCGUCUUCCGCGACAAGUCAGGCCGCAAGAGGGACCUCGCGCAGGAGCGGCUGGAACAGAGGCAGAAAGCCGAAGCGCAGUCCGAGAGAGACGAGCAAUACGCCAAAUGGGGAAAAGGGCUAGCGCAGGGGAGGCAACAGCAGCAGAACGUGGAAGAUGCAAUAAAAGAGAUGCAGAAGCCAUUGGCCCGUUACAUUGAUGAUCAGGAUCUGGACCGAAUGCUGAGAGAACAAGAGAGAGAAGGAGACCCCAUGGCUGACUUCAUCAAAAAAAGGAAGGCCAAAGAGAACAAAGAAAAGAAAGAAAAACCUAGGUACAAUGGACCAGCACCUCCACUCAACAGAUUUAAUAUAUGGCCUGGGCAUCGCUGGGACGGUGUGGACAGGUCCAAUGGAUUUGAGCAGCAGCGUUUUGCCAGGAUAGCCAACAAGAAGGCAGUUCAGGAGCUUGCGUACAAGUGGAGCGUUGAGGACAUGUAG